AGUAUCAUACAGGUCGUCUAGCACCGUAGUACUACUCAGAGUGCUGCUGAUAUAUCGCUAUUUCUCGAGGACAGUCUUGGUGAGGAUAUUGCAGCUACUUAUUGCACGUCGGACCCUCGGAGUGAGACACAACGGCGGCAUGACAUCAGAUCACCCGGCAGUCUGAGAACCGGCUGGUAGCACGACUCGAAGUUCCACAUGCCCCGCUACAGCACGGCUCUUCCAUGGCAUUGCAGCAGGUUGCUCGCUGUCCCCGCCCUCUACUCACCGCCCGCUGCCUCAUCCAACCACGCGCCGACGUCAGGCCCUACGCCGUAGUCGGAUCCACCACCUUCAUCGGGAAGCCACCCGCGCCGCCUGACCCUCCUUCCGUGCCAGGCCCAGGUGCGAACGUCGGUGGGAACGCCUCGCCCUCCCUCUCCUCGAGCUUCGACGCCCACAUCCUCGCCGAACUCCGGCGCAAUGCGCAACUGCAGGGCGAACACACCUUGGGGGCAACUCGAGGCCCCGCCGCGCGGCAGACGCAGCUCCCGGAGCUGAUCGAGCAGUACGUCGACCGCAGCGGGCUCGUGCUCGACGCGUCGCUGCCGUACGAGAGCCGGCCCGCGCAGGAGCGCCGCGUCGUGUUCGAUGCGGAGGAGGAGGCGGAGGCGUCGGUGGCGAUGGUCGUGCACGUCGCGGAGAACGGCGCGGAGCACAAGAUCACGUAUUGCUCCGGGUUCGCGCUCAGCGCGCCCAAGCUCGCGGAGGGCCAGGCUCUGUAUGUGACGUGCGCGCAUACGCUCGAGGAGAUCCGCUUUAACCCUGUCGUGCGUCCGCUGCUGUCCACGCAGCGUAGUGCGGCGUUGCCAGGCCCCUCAGGCUCGUUCGUGAUUACAGGGACUUCGUCCCGCCCGACGUUCAGCCCUGUCUCCUCUAUCCUCUCUUCUCUGCAUCGUUCAGAUCUGGUCCUACUCUCCGCCGCGUCCUCUGCUCGGCCCCCUCUGCGCGCCCUCCCCGUAUCGCCCUAUCCAGCGCAUCCGGGCACACGGAUCCGUGCGCACUUCGUGACAAACAAACCACCGACGUCCGGGCCUGAUGCGGAGGGCUGGCGGCCAUGGGUCGGUGGGACGUGGAGUAAGUGGGUCAGAGGGUCGAUUGUAGGUUACCGGGACCUGGCUGGCCGGGAGGCGAAGCCCGGCACAUAUGAUGCGCUCUCACAUAUGCUGUUCGACCCUCCACCUACGCCAGGGUCCAGCGGCGGGCCGAUCGUAGACGAGGAGAGCGGAGCGGUCAUUGGGAUUAUGUUGGGGACACAGAUGCGGAAUAGAAUAGAAGGCGUGUCCGGCUGGGGAGCACCGUCCGAGCUGAUCUUCGAGAUGUUCAGUCUGCCAGGCUUGAAACUCAAGAACCGCACGUAGUCGACGUGAAGAGCCAAUAUACCUUCCUUAAUACCUGUAAUCUGCUUUCGUUGCCUUGUUGUGUUACAGUAUAUGCUAUUCGUCUCGCUGCUCACUCACAAUUAUCGGA